UUUAGCCACUCUUUCCAUAAUUACACUGUCCAAUUUGAAUAGUUUUAAAAAUAAAAUGCAAACCAUUCCAGCAACGGUUAAAAAAAGAAAAACAAACCCACGAGGGCUUUUAUACAUCCAAGAGCCGUUAGUUUCUUUCUUUCCAUUGUCAAAUUUGAAUAGAGAGAGACUUUCGGUGAAAUCCCUCGUUAAUACUCAUCUGUGUUGGUUUGGUCUUUGCCCUCGAUUUUGCUCUAUCGGUGUACCUCUGUUGCAAGAAAUUGCCUAUUGAUUAGUUGUCUUCAAUGCUAGCGGCGAGUUCUAAUCUAAGCUCAGGUUGUGAGAAUCAGACGUGCUCGAGCGCGAAAUCAUUUGUCCGCUGGAAUUAAAAAUUCAUGGUCCCCAGCUAUUCUGCAAUGAGAAGCACCUCAAAAGAUUUCUCACGGCAAGGCAGUCCCACUACGAUCGGGGUUCUACAAGGCCUCUGCGGGUUAUAUGUAAGGGAAGGAAAAGCAGGUUGGGCUGCACCUCAUCUUAAGGAUGCUGUUUUAUCUCUUGACAGGUUACGUGAAGGUUAUGGGGGAGAUGAUUAUUGCAAUGCGGACACUAUAUCAGAAGUGCAAACUGGUGCAUGGAGACCUCAGCGAGUAUAACAUACUUUAUUUUGAGGUUUCUAUUUGACACGCAUAUGAAUGGACUGCAUGAAAUGAAAAUAGCAAAGAGUUUAGGUAAGUAUUAUGUUCAUACUCUUCUAGAGUUUCUAAAUGAUAUGAAAAUGAAAAUGAAAUAAAGAUGUUUUUAUAAGAAAAAUAUUCUUUUUAUGCAAUGAAAGAAAAUGAGAUGUUUUCUUAGAAAUGAAAUGAUAUUGUAAGAAUAGUAUUAAUGUUUUAAAGUAUAUGUAUGUAAUGACCUCAUUUGGCAGUCCC